AUGAACGCCCUCCCGCGCCUCCCGUGGCGCAUACCCUCGCAGUCGACACGAAAAUGGAGCUGCUUCUUCUGCCAGCACGCCGUCCGUCCCGCGCCGCGCAGCCUGCGGACGCCCCCGGCCGGCCGCCGAGCGGCAUCGACGACGCCUUCGCCGAAGCAGCAGCAGAACGGGCCCAGCUUCGGCGGUGCGCCGUCAAUGGAGCAGAUCCACGCGCAUUAUAAACGCAAGAAUGCUACGACGGCGUACUACACACUCAGCGUCAUUCUCGGGACAGUCGCCUUGUCAUACGGCUCUGUCCCUCUCUACAAGAUGAUCUGCCAAACAACAGGCUGGGGCGGCCAACCCGUCCGCGCCCACGGUCCGGACGUGGACUACAGCGAAGACGGCCUCGCCGCGCGCCUUGUGCCCGUGACGACGGCCCCGCGCAUCCGCGUCACCUUCAACUCGUCCGUCUCGGACAUUCUCCCCUGGAAGUUCACCCCGCAGCAGCGCGAGGUGCGCGUCCUCCCCGGCGAGACGGCUCUGGCCUUCUACACGGCGACGAACAACUCGGACCAAGACAUCAUCGGGGUCGCGACCUACAGCGUCACGCCCGGCCAGGUGGCGCCGUAUUUCAGCAAAAUUCAGUGCUUCUGCUUCGAGGAGCAGAGGUUGAACGCGGGCGAAACGGUGGAUAUGCCGGUUUUCUUCUAUUUGGACCCGGAUAUUGUGAAUGAUGUCAAUAUGCGUGGUAUUGAGACUGUGACGUUGAAUUAUACUUUCUUCAAGGCCAAGUACGACGACAACGGCAAGUUCAAGGCGCCAACGCCGUUUGCGAGCAACUAA